UUAGCAAACGACCCGCAUUUUUGCUAUACCGACAAAGGAGAAAAUUACAGGGGAACAGUGAAUAUCACUCGACGUUUUGAUAAAUGUUUACCGUGGUCAGAAGUCAAACACUGCCCAAGUAAUACCUAUAAGCCGAUGGAUCUAGAUGACGAUCUGCUCGGUAACUAUUGUCGGAAUCCUGGUCACGGCACCAGACCUUGGUGUAUUACCAACAAGUUUUUGUGUACUCGUGAUUACUGUGAUGUGUGUGGAAUCGAAAAGUGCUACGAUAUAUUUGACGAUUGUGGAGAAAGAACAGUUGAAAUAUCGAACUGUGAACUAGACCCUGAACUAAAACGAGGUUGCAGAUUGUCGUGCAAUAUGUGUGAUAGACAAACACAAGAUGGAGUUGGAACAGUGAGAUGUUCGAAGCCAACCAUUCCAUCCGACUCUAAAAGUGAAUCAUUGAAGGAAACAUAUUUUGUUGAUGAAACUGUUGAACUGACUUGCGAAUCAAACGACUUUGAAAAACAGAAAAUUACCUGUCUAGCUGAUGGCUCUUGGUCAAACGCUGGCUUUGUUUGUGGACGUUGUAAAACAGGAUGGACACCGUUCCAGGGCAAUUGCUAUAAAGUUUUUGAAGAGGAAGUGGACCGUAGCACCGCAGUCACGCGUUGUGCGGAUGAAAAUAGUGCAAAGCUUGUCUCCAGUAAAAAUAUCCAAGAGAAUAAUUUUUUAAGAAGUUUAGUACAAGAUGGCGUCAACUUUUGGAUUGGUCUUGAAAACGGGGCCUGGCCAGAUGGAGAAAAAGUGCAGUGGACUAAUUACAAAAAGAGUACUUCAAAAAGCUGUGCCUACAUGUCUGACAGAGAUGGAAAAUGGCGAGGAAUAUCUUGUGGUUCAGCAUUCUAUAUAUCUUUUGUUUGCACCUAUUCACCACCAGAUAGAAAAAUAUGUGAAGAUGCCACGCCAAAUUGCAACAAAUACCUGGAAUUGGAUCCAAAAGCAUGUGAAAAUGACGAGUUUGAGUGGCAUACCUGUCCAAAAACGUGUGGAUACUGCGAUAAUGUACAAGACAACUGUGUUAUACCAAGCGUGUCUACUGAGAGCAAUGCGGAAAUUGUCACAAGUGCUGGCGCUCUUGGAAUAGGAGACGUGUUGGAAUACAGAUGUAAAUCCGGAUUCUCUCACACUGACGGAAGUCUCCACAGAGCAUGUCAAAGAAGUGGGACAUUUUCCGGUUCACCACCAGAGUGCCAAAGUUCUAGUACUGUUCCUGAACCAAACAAUGAUGCUCCCUUGGUACAACUUCGCCGAAAUCAUUACACAAGAUACUCCUACACGGGCCUAAAUGAAAACAUGAGCAUCAAAAAGAGCGGGAAGAUUGUCAAAUGGCGUUUUUUUACUGAGACGAAGGGAACUUUCGGUCUUCAAGUCUUGAGGCCAACCUCAGUAGACAAAACAUUCACUCUGAUUGGUCAAAACGAAGUAACAGAAACCUAUGUCGGUGGAAUUAAUACAUACGAAGUUCCGGUGGAGGACCAAAUUGAGGUGAAGUCAGGGGACUUAAUUGCUAUCUUCCCCCUCCAAGGAGUGAUUCCUUAUGAUACAUGUAACGAGGCAGUGGAAGGGGAAACAUAUGGGUCACCUCUGAUGUCGGUGAAGAAAAUUUAUUCCUUAUCUGGUUGGGAUAUUUCGACCGAUUACACAUUCAAGGAAGUGAAAGACACAUGUAGAAUUGUCCCCGUUACUGCCUUUAUCCAGUAGAUAAGCUAUAUACUUGCCUUAGUCGUAUACAUGUACUGGAUAAGGACAGGCGACACUUUUCUGUUUUGUUUUUCAUUUGUAGUUUUCUUUCCUCUUCAAAUGUACGAAUAUAUUUCAUAUGGAACGAUUUUCCUUAUUUAGAAUUUAUUCAAAUCUUUUCAUGGUAAACGACUUGAAAACUAAAUCUUUUUAAUACAUUGCAAUAAUAAUAUAGAUAACAUUUUCCUUUGUAUGAAAAGUAG